GACAAAAACAUGGCAUUUGAUGGUACUUGGAAAAUAGACAGAAAUGAAAACUAUGAAAAGUUCAUGGAGGCAAUGGGUAUUAAUGUGAUGAAAAGAAAGUUAGGAGCCCACGAUAAUCUGAAGAUCACUAUUAAACAAGAUGGAAACAAAUUUACUGUCAAAGAAUCAAGCACCUUCCGUAAUAUAGAUAUUGAAUUCACUCUGGGAGUCAAUUUUGAGUACAGUCUGGCUGAUGGGACUGAACUUACUGGUUCUUGGAACAUGGAAGGAAAUAAACUUGUAGGAACAUUCACUAGGAAAGAUAAUGGAAAAGUACUCACAGCACACAGAGAAAUCGUAGGUGAAGAACUUGUUCAGACCUAUGUAUAUGAAGGAGUUGAAGCCAAGAGAAUCUUCAAAAGGGGCUAA